AUAAACCACCGAAAAAUGUCUUCCCCUCAACUAACCAUGUCACUUCCCUCCAUGUUCAUUUUCUCACUCUUUGCUUUCAUUGCUCAAGAAGUUCCAGCAAAUCAAACUUUCAAGUACGUCAAUGAAGGGGAAUUUGGGCCUUUCAUUACAGAAUAUGAUGCAAGCUAUCGUAUGCUUGCUCCUUUUGCCUCCCCCUUCCAACUUGCUUUCUACAACACCACCCCAAAUGCCUUCACUCUUGCUCUACGCAUGGGUUUGAGGCGGUCGGAGUCGCAGUUUUAUUGGGUUUGGGAAGCCAACCGUGGGAAACCUGUCGGCGAAAAUGCCACCUUCACAUUUGGGACUGAUGGGAAUCUUGUCUUGGCCAAUGCCGAUGGCCGAGUGGCUUGGCAAAGCAACACCGCCAACAAAGGUGUCGUAGGCUUCGACUUGCUUUCAACUGGCAAUAUGGUACUUUAUGACUCCAAGGGUAACUUUGUUUGGCAAAGUUUUUACUACCCAUCAAACACUUUGUUGGUGGGUCAAUCUCUGCGUGCCGGGGGAGUAAGCAAGCUUGUGAGUCGAGCAUCGGAGGCAGAAAACGAAGACGGGUCUUAUAGUUUGGUGAUGGAGGCGAAAGGUUUGGCUAUGUACUACAAGAGCAAGAACUCCCCACGACCAUCACUUUACUUCACAUCUUCCAAAUGGAUUAGCGUCCAAAAGGGCUCAUUGAACCAUGUGACAUUGAAAUGUUCGCCGGAUGCUCAUGAGGGUUUUGCUUACGACUUGAGCUUGGACUAUGUAGCGGGAAACUCAUCCUCCGGAGGAAAUGUCAUUCUUGCUAGACCCAACUACAACAGCACAUCAACAUUCCUUAGGCUGGAAAUGGAUGGAAAUUUGAGGCUUCACACUUACUAUGAAGUAGUUCGUUACGGUGCAUGGGAGGUGACCUUCACGCUUUUCGAUAAAGAUUCGAGAUGGGAAAACGGGUGCCAACUGCCGGAGCGAUGUGGGAAAUUGGGCAUUUGUGAGGACAGCCAAUGUGUCGCUUGCCCAUCGUCUAAGGGACUGUUGGGUUGGAGUGAGAGUUGUGAGCCUGAGAAGCUAACUUCUUGUGAUCCAAAGAGCUUCCACUACUACAAAGUUGAAGGGGUUGAUCAUUUCCUGAGCAAGUACAAGGGAGAUUCAAUCAAAGAGAGUGAUUGUGCUAAGAAGUGUACGUUGGAUUGCAAGUGUUUGGGCUACUUUUACAACCAAGACACAUCAAAGUGUUGGAUUGCUUAUGAUUUGAAAACUUUAAGCAAAGUUGCCAAUUCCACGCAUGUGGGUUACAUCAAAGCACCUAACCACUAGGCCACAGGGAGAAUGUAGAAUGUGGAAUGACAAUCUAGUGUGUAUUUUGUUGUUUUCUUAGCUUAUUCUACAAUGUCUCAAUUGGGUUAUAUGAUGUUAGCUCUAGGUAUGGGGUCUUAUUGAGCUGCUUUAUUUCAUUUGAUUACUCAUACUUGUUCGAAGACAUUGUUGUUCUUA